UAUCCAGAAGCUCCUCCGAUUUUACAAGUCACUGGCAACUAGCUCAAGUUCUGAAACCACUCUAGCACUCUUGCUUCUGAAACUUCAACCCAUGGAGGGCGUCAUCCCGUUCAUCUUCAAGGUCAUCGCGCAGUACAAGGAAGAAGGGCAGGCCUCCUUCGGCGGCUUUCUAUCUGAUUCCGACGAGCCCUCGCCGGUGUCGUCCUACGUGCUCCUGCCGGGUGAUUCUGACGGCCGCCACCGCGACGAGAGGGACCAGCAGCUCUGUCCGACGUCCGUGCACGCCGAGGCCGUCACCACCUGCACCGCGCGGGCGUCUCCAAUCCGAUGCCCGACGCUGCGGCGGCGAGCCUAGGGUCGUGAAAUUUGGAGGUCAAAGUGGCAGGUUUGGUGACACUAAACCUAAGGUUCCUUGCAAGAUGAACAAGCAUGCAUGGUAUGAAUAUGAUCAUGUGCAAACAGCGAGCAAUAGCAUGAACUGGAAACGAAGAUACUGGCUUUCAGGUUCUGUAAGCUUUUUACUAGCUUCUAUGCCUUUUUUAUCCCUCUCUCGCUGGAGCUUGUUAAUGAGGCAAAAUAAGUCUCAAAGGAGGCUUUGCAAGUUAAACAUCAAGUGUUUUGUACCGUGAAAAAUAAACAGGUAACAAGUAGCCUGUAUGUGCGCAACAGCACAGGUCGUGUAUUAUUAUAUCAUGGUUGCGAAAACCCCGGUGGUGCCGCCAUGAUUGUCUCGUCACUGAAAGAGGUGCAUAUUGUACAGUAUGGUUAAUUAUGUCAAUUUGUGUUUUUUUUGGAA